AUGCUUGCCAUUUUGCCGAAAAUUUCUAUGCUAGUCUUUUUGCCAUUAGCAUGUCAGUACGAUAACGGCUUGAGUUCAUGUAGUGUAAACCUAGAAACGAGGAACGCUACUGCUGCGACAUCCCAAGUGAGAACUAGUAGACUCUUAUUAGCAGAAAUCGGCACGGAACAUGAAUCCUCAUGUGACUCAGAAUCGGACCUGUGUAAAAGUGAAGAGCGAAAAUCAGAAAGUCCAAGUGAUGUUGAAACUGUGUAUGAAGAGUCCCCGCCAAAUGAUGUGAAGGAAGAAACAUCAUUACAGGAUGGACAAAAUUUAAGCUAUUCCGUCGACAAGGAUAUAUUAGAAAAAACUGAGAACACAGGAAUAUCAAAUUGUGUAGCUUUUAAAAAAAAAAUAAAAGAAAUUGAGGAACAGCUUAAUCUUUCUAAGCAAAAAGUAGAGAAUAUCAAAAUGAUUAAUAUAGGAGAUCAUACAAAGAAAUUUGGAGAAACUGUCGAAAAUAUAAAAUCAAUGAAGGAGAAAGCGCUGAAAGCAGAAAUGACCAAUAUGGCGGAAUAUAAAAAGAGGUUAGAUGAAGCACUUGCAAAAAUGAAUAUGAUGAAGGAGAAAUUAAAGGAACAGAAGAUAAUCAACCCAGAAGUACAUAAAAUGGUGGAGCAUCAAAAGGUUUUAAGAGAAAUUGGAGAUUUUAUCAAAACAAAAUACAACGCUGAUGUGAACUCCGCCUUAGACAGUAUGAAACGCAUUAGGGAAAGGAAGGUAGUCGUACCUAACCCUGUAGGAAUGUUGGAUUCUCAAAUAGAAAAAAAAUUAUUUGAAACGUGCAGUUACAUAGAUGAAUGUGAAUACAAUCCAAAUAUUAGCAAAAAUCAAUAUAGACUGCUGAAAAUUAAGAAAUAUGGUGCCAUACUUGCCUUACCCUUUGUAAUCGCAUUAUCCUCACUGGGACUUUACGCGGAGGAAAGUUUGCAUUCUGUGAUCUUUGGAUUUGCCGCCUUGAGCUUUAUAAUAUUUUUUUACAUCCUUGUAAAGAUUUUGAAAUAUGAUCUGAGAUCCCACGGUAUACAUAAUCCUCAUUUCAUGGAUUACGGAACAAUUAGUAAAACAUUACAUACGGGGCAUAGCAUAGACACUACUCUGGAUCUAAGGCAUAAUCGAUUAUUAGGCAGGCACGAACUCAUUACUAAAGUAGAUGAGGAAGGUUUAAAAGAACAGCUGGGAUAUAAUACACGGAGAAAAAGUGUUCUUCUAAAAGGUGAAAAUCAGUUAGACAAGGAAGCAGCAGAACGGGGCAAGGUAAAAAGUGGGAAUUCAUCAAAGAGUGAAGAUGAAAAAUGUUUGAAUUUAAAAUUUGGACAUGAAUCAAAAAAGGAAAAAGGAAAAAACGGUAACCUAAAAAUUAAAAGUGAAUUAAAAAAUGGAAAUAAAAUAAAGAACGAAGAAAAGGAAAAAAAACAGGGUCAGAAAGGCGAGAAUGUAAUAACUGUAGAAGUGGGGGAAACAAGUGAUGACCGGAGAAGCGAAAAUGAAUUGACUGAAGCAGAUGCAAAGGCGGAAGUGGGGACAACAAGUGACGACCAGAGAAGCGAAAAUGAAUUGACUGAAGCAGAUGCAAAAGCGGAAUUGGGGGCAGAAAGUGAUGACCAGAGAAGUGAUAAUAAAAAUAUAUCUACAGAAAAAGUGGAAGUAGAAGGGGAUGAGCAGACAGGUAAGGAUAAAUUAGUUUACGAAGUUGAAGAAGUAAAUGUUGAUGAAGAAUGUGAAAAUAAAGAGCCAAAAAAAAGAGCUAUAAAUGUUGAGGUUUUUUUAGAGAAAAAAGAAGAAAAAAAAGGAAAAGUAAAUAUAGAGCUUAUACUACAGAAAGCUCUGGAAGAUAAGGAUGAGUUGAUUAACAAUGACGAUGACUCUAAACGAAAAGAAAGUAUAGAAAACAUUGCUGCAGAAGGAGAUGAUGAUAAAUUAGGGAAUUUAGACUCCAUUACUCCAGAUGUUAUUGAUGACAGGCAACUUGAGGAAGAUGAAAUAGAUGAUAAAAAGCUUAAGUCAAAAUUAAGGAGGAAAAAAAUAAAAAAAAAAAUAAUCUUUGUUUUGAAAAAAUUUGGAAAGAUAUUGAGAUAUAUAAAUAUUAUAGGUCUGAUAAUAGAGAAAAUUAAUAAAAGAAUAGAUAAAUAUGUUGAGAAACUAAUGUUCAAGGCGUAUGGUAUGGUAGACGAAUAUAAGAAGGAUCCAAGCAUUAGUAAAAGGGAAUAUCAGCUGAUAAAUUUUGCAUACAAAGCUUUCUUCUUCAUAAUACCCAUUAUGAUUAUUGCAAUAGGAAUAGUUAUUUCGCAGGUGUCUAAUGCACCUACAUUUGUCACUGGUUUUAUAAUCAUGAUGGGUAUUUCAUUUUUUAUAGGAAAUAUAAAGAGAUCGAUAAGAUAUCAAUUUAAAAGAAAAGGAAUUGAAAAUCCCGGUUUUUUGGAUUAUCUAGAUCUCUUGGAAAAGUUUUUAAUGAAAUUUGAAAAAGAGGAGGAACAUCCCGAAGGGGAUAUUGCAGAUGGGGAAAAUGCAGAAGGGGAAAAUACAGAUGGGGAAAAUACAGAUGGGGAAAAUACAGAUGGGGAAAAUACAGAUGGGGAGGAGGAGCUCCCCCAAAUCAAAAAUCUGAGUGAUCUUAUAGCUCUUAUCAUGGAAUCUCGUAAUUCUUAA